AUGGAGGGGCGCGUGCGGCUGCGCGCGGGUGCUUCCAAAUGGGACGUCCGGGAGAAGGUGUGGGACUACCUGGAGAGCAGCGGGUUGGCCGAUUUCCCACGGCCGGUGCACCGCCGCAUCCCCAACUUCAAGGGUUCUCACCAGGCUUGCUGCUCUAUUAAAGAGCUGGAUAUAUUCAGCAGAGCACAUGAGAUUAAGGUGGAUCCUGACAAACCUCUGGAAGGUGUUCGGCUGGCUGCACUGCAGGCAAGGAAGGCUCUCUUGGUUCCCACACCCCGUCUGAGAACUGGUCUCUUCAAUAAGAUUGUCCCACCUCCAGGUGCAACUAAGGAGAUCCUGCGGACAUGUGCCACAUCUCAGGGUGUAAAAGAAUACAGUGUUCCUGUGGGUCUUGAUGGGAAAGCACGAGUGGACUUGGUUGUUGUGGGAUCAGUGGCUGUCUCUGAGAAAGGCUGGAGAAUCGGGAAAGGGGAAGGUUAUGCAGACAUGGAAUAUGCUAUGAUGGUGUCAAUGGGUGCAGUGCAGGAGGAUACACCUGUAAUUACAGUUGUGCAUGACUGUCAGGUGCUUGACAUAGCAGAAGAGCUGCUUGAUGAUCACGAUUUAACAGUGGAUUAUAUACUCACUCCAACAAGAACUAUCAAAACUAACUGCAAACGACCAAAACCUCAGGGAAUAAUGUGGCAUAAGGUCAGCUAUGAGAUGCUGGAGAAAAUCCCCAUCCUAAAGAGUCUUCGAUACAAAGAGAAACAGGCUGGCAAGGACGUUACCCUCAGAGAUGAACGCUCAGACAUGGCAAAUGCCAACAGACCAGCAGCAUUAGAUGAGAUGGUGAUGGCUGAAGGUGCAGGACCUCAGGCUGCUACAGGCUCAGCUCAACUAGGACCACGCUCUGUUGAAAGUGAUGCUUUAAGUCCCAGCUUAGAGGGAUCUGGCAGGGUAACUACUGUGUAUGUGGGGAACAUACCUCCCAGCCUAAGAGUGAGCGAGCUGAAAUGCGCUUUGAGGGAAUUCCACGCAACUCCUUUACGACUGAACUGGCAAGGAGCACAGCACAGGGCUUUUCUUGAUUACAAGGAUAAAGCAGCUGCAGCAAGUGCUAUAUCCUCUCUGAAAGGCUUGAGCCUCAGGGGUAAUACUUUGCGAGUUGAGCUGGCCAAGAAUCAGAGAAACAAAGGGCAAGUGGAAAUCACUAGUGAGAAAUGAGCAUGAGUAG